AUGCCUCAGCGACGGCGAGGGGGUGUCCUGAGUCCCUAUUCGCGGGGAUACUCGCCACAAAUAAAAGAGGCUGUGGAACAUAUGCCCAUUCCCAACGAAUGCUGCGUCUGCAAACAGCAUCGUCCGCAGUUUCAAUACUCGAAUAACCAGCUCAACUACCUCCGCCAGGCGAUAUUUGAUAGUGGCUAUGAUGUCGUCCACAAGCAAUUGGUAGCUAAGUGUCUACCAUGCACCAACGGUCAGAAGUGUGAAGAGAUGUGCUUCCGUUGUAAGCACAUUCGUGGCAUCGACCAGUUUGCCAGGAAUCAGCGUAUCCGCGAUAACCCGAUCUGCCAGCCCUGCAUGAAAUACGAGCAAUCCCUCAAUUACAACAACCCGGACGGAGUCCUUGCGCUUACAGAUAAGGCUGAGGGUGCCGAGGAUGAGGCGGAGAAAAACGAGCCUACUUCUGGUUCAGUCCCUGGCUCUAAUUUGGGCUCUCUUAGGCAGCUUGAGUGGCAUAACACGACUGGGUUGGAUCAGUCGCCUGAAAAAGCUCUCGUCCUGGACGAUGGCUCGGUGGAAAAAGAUGGCAAGAGGAAGGCGGGUGGCUUUGCGAAAGUCAAGGCCCACUAUCCCAAACCUGAGCCCGCCCCAGGCUGGACACCCGGCAAUCGCACGAUCGAUGACCGCACUCCGCUCGAAGAGAAGCCGUUUAUUUAA